AUGAGUAAUACCUGUUGUCAAACAACAUUCAUUGCCUCCCAGAGUGGAAUGGCUCUCUCAAAACGCCCUGUUGAUGGUGGUGUAGAUGAAGAAUAUGCGAGUGCCAAUGUGUGUUGCCUCAACAAACAUAAUGAAGGGGAAGACGUAGUGACUGUUUCGGCUUCCUAUAAGACUGUCGAAAAUACAGUGGAAUUGCAGGAAUCUGUUGGCUCUGUGCAAUAUCGUAUCCAACAGGCAGCUUGCAUAGGAGCAUAUAAAGAGGCUAAAUGCAUUCUUAUUAGUCCCUCAAAUGCCUCCGAGUUCGAGAACUCAAUGGCGACUCAGAAUGAGCUAAUAAGGCAGCAGGACCAGCAGCAGCAACAACAGGAGUUGGGGCACCAGUGGUUGGUGCAUCGACAGAGCGGCGUCACUCUUUCCUCCCUCUUAAUUGCUCGGUGCAUGGCUUCAAUGCCCUGGUACGAGGUUAAGGAUUCUGGUGGCCAAUUGGAUGGUGGAGGGUGGAUGGAGAGGCAAGAGAAGAUCCGGGGAUCUGCCCUUCGCGUUUCUGCACUCAUGGUAGAGGGCACGGACAAAGAGGAGUGCCUACUAUUGACUUGUUGGGAGUGGCUUCUGUGGCUUCGUAUUUGCAGAUCGUGGUGUUAUGCAUCGGCUGCUGACAUUGACUAA